AUGAUGGAACUGACGCCCAGUCCGACAGCCAUCCUGAACUCCCUGUGCCAAGAAUUCCUGCUGGUCAACGUGUCGGCCAUCUUGUACCUGAUGAACUACGAGCAGUAUGGACGUAGCACGGCCAGUGCCCAGUAUUUCCUGCAGCUGGCUGGGUACCUCGGAAUUCCUGUGAUCGCCUGGAAUGCCGACAAUUCCGGCCUGGAAAGGAGGGCCUCGCAAAGCAGCCUGCAGCUGCAGCUGGCACCCUCCCUGGAGCACCAGACGGCGGCGAUGCUGAGCAUCCUCGAGCGGUACAAGUGGCACCAGUUCAGCGUGGUGACGUCCCAGAUAGCCGGGCACGACGACUUCAUCCAGGCCGUGAGAGAGGGCAUCUCCGACAUGCAGGACACCUUCAAGUUCACCAUCCUGAACGCCGUCCUGGUGACCAAGCCCCACGACCUGGUUCAGCUGGUGAACAGCGAGUCGCGGGUCAUGCUGCUCUACGCGACCAGAGAGGAGGCUAUUCACAUCCUGACGGCAGCCAGGGACCUCCACAUCACCGGCGAGAAUUAUGUCUGGGUCGUCACGCAGAGCGUCAUCGAGAACCUCCAAUCUCCGGCGCAGUUCCCGGUCGGGAUGCUGGGCGUGCACUUCGACACGAGCAGCGCCAGCCUGGUCAACGAGAUCUCCACGGCAAUCAAGGUGUACGCCUAUGGGGUCGAGGACUUCAUCAAGGACCCCAGGAAUCGGAACUACAGCCUGAACACGCAGCUCAGCUGCAAGGGCGACGGCGAGUCCCGCUGGAACACCGGGGACCGCUUCUUCAAGUACCUGAAGAACGUUUCCGUGGAGGGGGACCAGGGGAAGCCGAACGUGGAGUUCACGCAAGACGGGGUGCUGAAGGCGGCCGAGCUGAAGAUCAUGAACCUGCGACCCGGGGUCAGCCAGCAGCUCGUCUGGGAGGAGAUCGGGGUGUGGAAGUCCUGGCAGAAGGAGGGUCUGGACAUCAAGGACAUAGUUUGGCCAGGGAAUUCCCAUACACCGCCCCAAGGGGUGCCGGAGAAGUUCCACCUGAGGAUCACCUUCCUGGAAGAGCCGCCCUACAUUAACCUGGCACCUCCAGACCCCAUAAGUGGAAAGUGCCUGAUGGACCGAGGGGUUCUCUGCAGGGUCGCCAAGGAGGCGGAACUUAGGAGGGUGGACGUCCCCUCGGCCAGCAGGAACGAGAGCGUCUUCAGGUGCUGCAGCGGGUUCUGCAUCGACCUGCUGGUCAAGUUCGCCGAGGAGCUGGGCUUCACCUACGAGCUCAUCAGGGUGGAGGACGGCAAGUGGGGCACCCUGGAGAACGGCAAGUGGAACGGCCUCAUAGCCGCCCUGGUGAACCGGGAGACCGAUAUGGUGCUGACCUCCUUGAUGAUCAACUCCGAGCGAGAGGCCGUGGUCGACUUCACGGUGCCUUACAUGGAGACCGGUAUAGCCAUCGUCGUGGCCAAGAGGACGGGCAUCAUCUCGCCCACUGCCUUUCUAGAGCCGUUCGAUACGGCCUCUUGGAUGCUGGUCGGCGCGGUGGCCAUCCAGGUCGCGUCACUCAUGAUCUUCCUCUUCGAGUGGCUCUCGCCAUACGGCUUCGACAUGAAGACGGACCACACGGGGAACCACCGCUUUUCCCUAUUCCGCACGUACUGGCUGGUCUGGGCAGUGCUCUUCCAGGCUGCGGUCCACGUUGACUCCCCCAGAGGGUUCACCGCCAGGUUCAUGACGAACGUCUGGGCCAUGUUCGCUGUGGUCUUCCUGGCCAUCUACACCGCCAACCUGGCGGCCUUCAUGAUCACCCGGGAGGAGUACCACGAGUUCUCGGGGGUGGACGACCAUCGGCUGGCCAAGCCCUACUCGCACAAGCCCAUGUUCCGGUUCGGCACCAUCCCCUGGAGCCACACCGAUAGCACCCUGGCCAAGUACUUCAAGGAGAUGCACGCGUACAUGAGGAAAUACAACAAGAGCAGCGUCAACGAGGGCAUCGGAGCGGUCAUAAGCGGGGAGAUGGACGCCUUCAUCUACGACGGAACCGUGCUGGAUUACCUGGUGGCCAAGGACGAGGAUUGCCGUCUGCUGACGGUCGGCUCCUGGUACGCCAUGACCGGCUACGGUCUCGCCUUCUCCAGGAACUCGAAGUACGUGCAGAUGUUCAACAAACGGCUACUGGAUUUCCGGGAAAACGGUGACUUGGAACGCCUACGGCGUUACUGGAUGACCGGGACCUGUAAACCCGGGAAAGAGGUCCAGAAGAGCAGCGACCCUCUCGCCUUGGAGCAAUUCCUCAGCGCUUUCGUCCUUCUCUUCGCCGGCGUCGCCCUGGCGGCCCUCUUCUUGCUCCUGGAGUACCUCUACUUCAAGUACGUCAGGCACCACUGUGCGAAGAGAGACAGGAGCGGCUGCUGUGCGCUGAUAAGUCUGAGCAUGGGAAAAUCCCUCACCUUCCGUGGAGCCGUCUACGAGGCCCAGGAUAUCCUGCGUCACCACAGGUGCAGGGACCCCAUUUGCGACACCCACCUGUGGAAGGUGAAACACGAGCUGGACAUGGCGAGGAUCAGAAUCCGUCAGCUGGAGAAGGACCUGGAGGCUCACGGCAUCAAGCCGGCGCAGCCCAAAACGGAGAUCGCGGAGAGGGAGACCGUUCUGUGA